CCGAAUUGAGACAGAGCUGGGGAAAAAAAAAGGUCAACAAUGCAUUUCCUAGCCUGGUUCAAUCUGCUGCUCCUCCUUCCUUGUUUUGGUGCCACCAAAACCUGCUUCCCUGGUUGUCACUGUGAAGUGGAAAGCUUUGGUCUCUUUGACAGCUUUAGCCUGACCAAGGUGGACUGCAGUGGAAUAGGCUCCCACAUUGUUCCUGUCCCAAUCCCUCUGGAUACCUCCUACUUGGAUCUAUCAUCGAACAAACUGGAAACAAUCAACGAGUCAAUGCUUACUGGCCCUGGAUACACCACCUUGGUGAGCCUUGACCUGAGCUACAACAAAAUUGCCAAGAUUUCCUCCACAACCUUCUCCAGGCUUCGUUACCUGGAGUCCUUGGAUCUGAGCCAUAACUCUCUGGAAGUCCUCCCUGAGGACUGCUUCUCCAGUUCUCCUCUGAGCGACAUAGAUUUGAGCAGCAACAAGCUUUCGGGUAUAGCUAUGGACCUUUUUGCUUCAAAAGGCCAAGGGAAGCCCCUGAGCGUGGAUCUAUCCAAUAAUAUGCUCACCACAGUUACAAGGCAGCGUGACAAGAGCAGCCCCAACAUCCAGAACUUAAAUCUUUCUGAGAAUAGGCUCACAUCAGUGCCAAACCUUCAAGGGCUUCCUCUCCGAUACUUAAAUCUUGACGGCAACCCUCUGCUCAAGAUUGAGAAAGGAGACUUCACAGGGCUGAAAGAUUUGAUUCAUUUGUCCCUCAGUGGCCUGCAUGGCUUUGGAGAGUUAGCUCCUUAUAGCUUCAAGGAUCUACCAGCCCUCCAAGUUCUGGAUUUAUCCAACAAUCCCAACUUGAAGACGCUGUCUGCUGAAGUCGUCUUUGGCCUGAACUCCCUCCAAGAGCUCAACCUUUCCGGGACAGGCGUGUCAGCCUUGCCAAAAGCUGUGCUGAAAUACCUGCCUGCCAUCAAAAGCAUCACCUUGGGGAAGGACAUACAGUGCUUUAAGACCAUCAAAGAAGGACAGUACCACCGACAAACUGGGCUGACCAGAAGAGAGGUCCUCAGCUGCCACGACAGCCACGGAUCCGUGGCGACGGCGCCUUACGUUUUGUGAUGAAAGCUC